AUGUGGGAUUUAUUAGAGAAAUCGCAACAGUAUUUUGAAAGAGAUCUGGAAAAGUGCUUAAAGUUAAUUGAGGAUGUUUAUUUAGCAAGAAAGCUAAUUCCAACAGCAAAAUUUGAUAUAUCACCAUCAUCUAUAUUAUAUUCAAAAUCUGAGAUAUUUCCAAAUAUGGAUAUCUAUACUGGAGAUAUAAAAACAAUUAUAGGAAAAAACUCAACUAAUAAUGAAAAUAUUUGGAAUAUUAAUCUUAAAAAUAAUGAACAAAAUAUAACAAGAAAAUUACUCGUUAGUAAUUUACCUGAAAGUUUCGAUUUGAGAAGUUCAAAAGCAAAUCCUGUAAAUGGUGGUAGUUGUAUAUUAAUACCAGAUAAUCAAGGAAGAUGUGCAGACUGCUACAAUUAUGCUGCUCUAUCAUCUGUUGAAGGUUCCAUAUGUAGACAAUUAGGUAUAAUAGUUCCUCAAUUAUCUCAACAACAGCCAAUUGAUUGUUGGCUAGCAAAAAAAGGAAAAAAUAAAGUUUGUACUGGUGGGCAAACAUUUGAGACAUUUAGUUAUGCAAUGGAGACAAAACUCUGUACCCAAAUGUCAUAUCCUUCAAUAACAUAUAAAACAGGAAGUCCUGAAGCUUGUAAAUUUCCAUCUUGUCAAGAUUGUGCAGGUAUUGAUAAUUAUUAUUGGAAUUUUACAGGUGCUUCUUUAUCAUAUCAAGAUCCAUGGGAUACAAUAACUAAUGCCCUGUAUAAUUAUGGACCAGUUACUGUAAGUAUAUGUUCUUUAAUGCCAGGAUUUAGUGUAUAUAAAGGUGGAUUUUAUAAUCCUCCUACAUGUGGAAGUAUUUGGUGUGGAACUAGACAAGUUGAUCAUGCAAUUACAGUUGUUGGUUAUGGUAAAACGCAAUCAAAUGAGCGAUAUUAUAUACUAAAAAAUAGUUGGGGAGUUAACUGGGGAAAUAAAGGAUUUAUGAAUAUAAGUGCAGAUAUGUGUAGUACACUAUUUAAUCCUGGGUGGAUUACAUCUAUUGCACCUAAUAAUAUUUCAAAUUAUUGUAGGGAUAAUGCACCAAAUAAAAGUAUUAUAGCAAGAGAUUUUAUAAUAUGA